CGGGCGGCUGCGGCACUGCAGUUUGAACGUUAUCCGUAGCUGCGGCACAUUUUAAUGUAAAAAUCGUUGUUUUUUAGCAUACAAUUAUUCAUGUUAAAUACAUAACAUGACGUUCGCCUUAAUAAUGGUCUAUAUUUAAGUUGUUAUCAAGUAAAUUGCGUUAAAUGUACGUCAACCGACAUAAUUCCGUUCGAAUAGUGGACAGUAAAAUGUAAACAAAGAUCAUGCAUGUAGUAGCUUAUCAUGGACGACUCGGACCAGGACUUCAAAGACCUCUGCUCGCGGCUCCUCAAAAGGGUACGAAGGAAAGGACCAGCAGAAUCUGGAGAUGAGAAACGAUCAGCAACCAAGGAUGAAGAACCAUCCUCUCCGUCAUCUGGAAGAAACCCACCUAAGAGAAGAAAGAGGACUAAAGAUGCGGUGAAGACUCAGCUGAACGGCAGGAGUCAGACUGCGGUGUCUGCUGGUGCUCCUCAGGCUGACUCUGGUGUGUCUGCCACGGGGAAGGUGAAAGAUGCUGUGAUCCGGAGAAUGCAGCAGUUUAAGAGAGCCAGUCCAGAGAGACUUUUACAUGCAGAGACAGAUGGGAACUGUGACGCUCCUGAUGGGGUCCAGCACACAGAGGAUGUGAGUGGCGAUGAAGCUCUGGCUCUUCGGCUACAGCAGGAGCUGGAUCGAGAGGCUCGGGCGGCUGCUGGAGAUGUGGAAGAUGGAGGACUGUUCUUCUGUCAGCUCUGCCAAAAAGAUCUUUCAUCCAUGAGCCCCUCGCUGCGCACUCAGCACAUCAACAGAUGUCUUGAUGCCAGUGAGAGCAGCGCACCCUCGACAUCCCAUCAUUCCCAGCCCAGACCACGGGUCCCAGAGUGUCCCAUCUGCGGAAAGAGUUUUAAAUCAGAAAAAAGCCGCUCUGCUCAUCUAAAGCGCUGCUCAUCUGAUAUGGGAGUGAAGCCCAAUGAUCUUCUCCAGGCUUUGAGGAGACAAGCGGCUGAGACAGAGAGCGACCGCAACGCAGACCAAACGCAACAAGUGGGUGGUGCUGUAAGGAGGGAUGGUGUGCCUGUGAAAAAGAAGAGCAGGAGGAAAGGGCAGAAGUUGGAUGAGGACACCAUGAUGGCGCUGGCUCUGUCCCGCUCUCUGCUGGAGCAGGAGGUGGAGAAAAAGCGAGAGCUGGAGGAGCAGAGGGAGAUUCUGGCUCAGAUCUCCAGCCCUCCUGCAGCCACAGCUCCUGUCCUAAAGUGGAAACCUGGAGCAGGUAAGGGUCGUGGAAAGAGAAGGAAGGGAGCGUCUCCUGUCCAGCCGCCGUUGCUCCUCAUUCAGGACCCUCAGAUUGCACUGAACCGCCUACAGGAGCGGGUUUCAUCUCUCCUGCUCUGCUCCAGACCACCUUCUCCUCCAACACCCACCCUGAGCCCCUCCAGCCUCCCUCUUCAACCUCACGCACCCCUCUGGGACAAAAGCGCUCUUCACAGAGGACGACAAAACUCUGUUUCAGAGUUCUACACGUCUGAGUUGAGCAGCUUCAUACAGCCAUGGGUCGCACCAGUGAAAGAAAACGACAAGCCUCUUGAAGCAACACCAGUCAAAAGUACUCCAGGUCUGCUUCAGGACAAGCCUUCAGAUCAGAGCCCGACACAGAAUCGAACUACCCGUCCUCUCACCCCCUGCUCGGAUACGCCGGGCACCCAAGCUCUGCAGGACCUGAUGGAGCUUGCAGAGGAAGGCAUGACCCUCACUCAGUAUGGAUAUACAGCAUAUACAGCUGCAGUGGGCACAUCAGAUAAAGACAAUCCAUUGAAUGAACUUCCCUCAAGUGGAUCUGCUCCAGAGGCAACUGACAGAAAGACUGAUAAAACGGUGUACAUUUCAAAGCUAGCUUCAGAUUUGAGCAGUAUGGUGAACAACCCCCAACUCAGUGAUGUGCAGUUGCAGGUGGACAGUGGCGAUGUCUUUUUUGCACACUCGUUUAUGCUGUACACACGAUGCCCCCUGCUGGCCAACAUGGUUCACGAUUCAGGUUUUGGCGUUCAGGAGGAAGGUUUGCCUGUUGCUCGGAGGGUGCUGUUUGGUGAUGUGUUGGGUGAGGCAGUGUUGGCCUUCCUGCAGUAUCUUUACACAGCUCACUGUCCUCUGACGCACACUCUGAUACCACAUGUGCAGGAGCUUGCCGAUAGGUUUGGUUUAACUGAGCUACAGCAGCAGUGUGAAGAGUAUUCUGGAAGCACAGAUGAAAACGCAUCUAAAGGCAUGUUUCAAGCACCUGAACCUCAUCUCAGGGACCAAGAAGAGCAUAAGUUUGCAGAAAGCAACUUCUUGGAGCUUCUCCAGUCAAUGUGGCAGCAUGAGGACAGUGAAGAGGAGAAUGAGUUUAACGAGACGUCCGGAGAGAAGAGAGUCAUGGAAGAGGUGCAAGAGAGAGACGGAGAAAAAGAGGACCGAGUGGACGAGGAAGAGCUAGAUGAGAUCUAUGAGUUUGCAGCGACGCAAAGAAAGACGGAGACAAUGUUGGAAACUGCGACAGAGACUGAGGACGAUGAGGGAGAUGCAAAUACAUCCCCUGGAAAUGAAAUGAUGAAAGAUGAAGAGAUCGAAAAAGGCGAGUCAGAAUCCCUCCAAGAGAAGUCUGCCGGCAGUUGCCAUAGUAACAGUCGAGGCGUGGACGGGACGGAGUCUGCCAUGGUAACAAGUCCAACAGAAACCCCAAAUCUGGAGACUGCUAGAGUUUGUUUGAUGCCAGAUUUAGAUGCCGGCACACAUGAAAACAAAGACCCAGAUGCCAGCCUUGACAAGAGCUAUGACCGUUUAUUCUCCCAGUCUAUAGGGGAAUACAGGGAACUGUCACAGGCACCAGCAUCCUGCUCUCAGAAACAACAUUACAAGGCUUCACACACACUACAACGAAACACACCUGCCCCAUUUCGCCCUUCAUGUGUCAGUGAGGUGAUUGACCUGUCAGUAAGCCCUCCUCUAAGCUCAGGUAUGUCAGGUGAGACUUCCUUUCCAAUGCCUGGUGUGUCUCCGGUCCCAUAUAAGGAUGAAGAUACAUGCUUAAGAAAAGAUAUUCUAAGCUGCCCAGGAAUAAAAGACCCUCCUUCCCCUCCAAAAUCACAUAGUAAACAAGUUGAGCUCAUUGUACUUUCAGAUGACUCUAAUGAAGGAAUGGAUGUGGAUGGCAAACACAAUACUAGUACCACUAAAUGUGCUUUAACCCCUAAGUCUCCUAUUAAAUCUCCACCAGAGCCUCCUCACAUGGUCAAAAGCUGUGCUCUUCAAGUUAAACCCACAGAAACUGGACCCCAAGGCCAUGCUGGUAAACAUGUGAACACUUCAAAGCAGGUGACAAUUGAUACAGAAACCAAGUCUGACUCUUCAGAGCACUGUAGCCCUGGGGUUGCAAAUGAAAGUGUGUUUGAUGGCUCUGCUGAAGUUUCCUGGCUGAUUCCAGCUACUCCGGUACCAUCCACACGAUGUAGCUCUGCCCAGACAUGCGUCACUAUGCGCCGAACUCAACUAUUUCCCAAACCUUGCUCUGCCUCAUCUUCUUCUUCAUCAUCCUCUGUGUUGGACAGUUUGAAACCUGCCACCUUUGCUUCUUCAAGCAGCAAAUGCUCUAAAGAGAAGCAAGCACCCUUGUCUGAACUCCUCCAAUCAGGUCAGAGCUCCUCUAAAGAACAUACUAGCACUGAAAUGGAUCACUCUCCAGGUUUCCAGAGACCACUUCAACAUCUUAGAUUGUCUCAGGUUGUUUCUGAUGUCUCUCGUGCUAGCACCAUCAUGGGACAUCUAGCCCAGGGUGUCCCACAACCCUCAAGUAGCACUCCUGUCCAUUCAGUUGGUUCCUUACAACGUAAGAUCCUGUUUGACUCUCCAGUGGAUAGGGAAUAUGAGGUUCCCCUCAGGGAUAGCAGAGGCCUCUCUAGUUCAUUUAACUGUCAGAAGAAAGUAGAAUCUUUUCAACUAAAUUCUCCUUCCCCUUGUAAAACACCUGAAAAGAGCCAGCAUGAAUGCUUUAAACCAUCCCAUCAGGAGAGUAGUCCUGAAAGAUCAAGAGAAAGUGGGAAUAAUGGGAUUGAACAAAUGAAAGUGGGAGAAGAGAGUCUAAAUCAAAGUGUUGAAGAAGUGGUGGAUAUAUCCCGAAAGUCAUUAUCUGACAUGGAUGACCCUUGGAGAAGAGCUAGGGAAGAGAAUCCAAAACAAAGUGUCGAGGAAGUGGUGCAUAUUGCAGACAACUCGUUAUGUAAUAUAGAAGAAAAAGUGGAAGAAGAAAAUCCUAAUCAAAGUGUUGAAGAAGUGGUGGAGAUGGCGGGCAGUUCAUUCUGUCAGAUGGAUGAGCCUCCCAUAGCGUUUGACGACUCCUGGGGUUUGGAUGGAGGCAUAGGGAGCCAGAAGCCUCACUUUAGUCUAAGACUUGACAGCAGUGAAGGCACACUCAGUUCACCAGGUCUCGAGAGUAAAGGACAAAUGACAAGUCUACAGAUCAAAUCUCCUGUUGCAUCUGGAGCUCAUAACAAAACCCCUGAUGCAAGUCCACCUUCAUUCAAUCCCAGCCUCCCUGACCCUGAUAUGUGGGACGAUUGGGAGGAAGAGGGGGAGGAGGUGCCCCUUCCUCUUUCUCAGAGACUAGCAGCUCCUUCUGACAAGCGAGUCGCCGAAUUAAAGACUCCAGUUGCGCCCAGAAAGAGGAAUAAUGGACCACUGGUGCCCAUCACUCCCAUGCCAGGCUUCUCUGAUAUGGAGACACCUGAACUCAAAAACAGACUCAACAGGUUUGGCGUGCGUCCUCUGCCUAAGAAGCAGAUGGUUCUGAAGCUGAAAGAGAUCCAUCAAUACACCCACCAGCUGCAGAGCUCUGAGUCUGAGGACGAGACCUCUGGACCGCGGCGGCCUCCAAUAGCCUCCAGCUCAAAAUCACUCUCCUUUAAACAACCUACAGCGCCCCCUGCUGUCUCACCUGUCAAACUACCACCAAGAGAAGAAGAAGAGACUUUAUCAGCAUCUCAAAACUCGAACACAUCUUCCACUGCAGAGUCCGAGAGGUCGAACCCAGAGCUGUGUCUGUCUGAAGAUGAAGACUCGGACACUGAAGGCAUCACAGCGUCUCAGGCUGUCGUGCGAGAGAAGGACAAACUCCUCGCAGUCCGUCAGUUCAUCCUGUCCGAUCCAGAGCUGUACAGCCGAGUGUUGCAGUACCAGCCUCUUCCACUGGCGGAGCUGCGGGCCAGCUUGAGAGCUGCAGGUAUCAGGUUAGCUGCUGCUAAACUAUUAGACUUCCUGGACUCUCAAUGCAUUACGUUCAGCACGGCCAAACAAGGCAAGAGCACAACUACCCGUAGAAAACGACGUGUAAAAACCACAACUGCUGGAAGAGGGAGGAAAAAAACGACUAGGCCCAAUGGGGGAGUCGCGUAAGGGCUGAAAUCAAAUAAUGUAAUAAAAAAAGGAAGAUAAAUCAGAGGUUGUAAAACAGGGAUGUCCAAACUCGGCCCUGGAGGGCCGGUGUCCUGCACAGUUUAGCUCCAACUUGCUUCAACACACUUGCCAGGAAGUUUCUAGUAUGUCUAGUAAGAGCUUGAUAAGCUGCUUCAGGUGUGUUUGAUUAGGGUUGGAGCUAAACUCUCUAGGACACUGGCCCUCCAGGGCCGAGUUUGGAGACCCCUGUUGUAAAAAAAGCUCAAACUCAGGAUCAUAAAGCUUCCCAUAAAAGAGUUUAUAUAAGAACUCAUUGGGGUUUUUUAUUUAUGGGGCCCGCUUCGAUGUUUAUUUUGUACAGUGGUUGACGGAAAUAAAUUACUUUUUAAUGAAUUUAAAUGAAUGUUUGGAUAAUGUAAAUAAAAGACAUGUCUGUCACGUUUUUAUAUAA